AUGCAGCGAGCUGCGGCCUCAGCAGCUGCCAAAGAACCUGAGGCUCCUGCAUCGGAUGACAAUCCCCCCACCCCCAAGCGCCCGAGACUCUCCACCGAGCCCGGUAGUCCGGGAACCCCGCGCUCCGACCUAGAUGCUAUUUCUGCAGCCCUUGCCGCGGAAGAGGAAAAGCGUCGCGAAGCAGUUGCCAGACAAGCUGCCGAGGCUGGUGAGACAGAAUGGGUGCUGGAUGUGCCGCCUGCCACGAACCAGUAUGCGCCGCAACCACUCGUGGUGGCGGCCGACUCGUUGGAUGCGGACGAGGAUGCUUGCUAUGGUGGUCGCCGAUCCUACGGCAACUUCAAGCGCAAGAAGAGCUCGACUCCACAACAAUCACAACAAUCUGCCGACAAGAAGAAGGAAUCGGAUGACGAAGAUAUGAAUAUGAUGAACCCCUCUGAUCCCGCACAAGUCGAAGCGAUGAUUAACAAAGCCAAGGAAAAGGCAGCUAAGAAGGAAAAGGAAAGGAACCGGCCGGAGAAGGUCAGGCUGUCCGAGCUAACGAGUAUCUCCGGCUCGCGCCAGGGUGGGACAGGGGCCCCGUCACAAAAGAAGAAGAAGCGCAAGAGCCGGUGA